GGUCGCGGGCCCAGCUAGCGAGCGCCGGCGCACUGGCGCGCUCCGUUUACACGCUCCGGGGCCUGUAGGCGCCCCGAGUUCCGGCUGUCGCCGUCGCCGCCGCGGCUCCUGGAGGUCGGUUGCGACUAGUAACGGUGCCAGGACGAGCCCUACGCCUUCUUUUUCGAUAUGUACCCGAACUGGGGCCGGUAUGGCGGGAGCAGCCACUAUCCGCCGCCGCCGGUCCCACCGCCGCCGCCAGUGGCGCUUCCUGAGGCCUCGCCGGGGCCCGGGUACUCGAGCUCGACGACUCCCGCGGCCCCCUCCUCCUCGGGCUUCAUGAGCUUCCGCGAACAGCACUUGGCGCAGCUCCAGCAGCUGCAGCAGAUGCACCAGAAGCAAAUGCAGUGCGUGCUUCAGCCCCACCACCUUCCUCCGCCCCCCCUGCCGCCCCCGCCGGUGAUGCCAGGGGGCGGCUUCGGAGACUGGCAGCCGCCACCGCCACCGAUGCCCCCACCACCUGGGCCGGCCCUCAGCUAUCAGAAGCAGCAGCAGUACAAACACCAGAUGCUCCACCACCAACGAGACGGGCCUCCUGGUUUGGUUCCAAUGGAGCUGGAAUCCCCCCCUGAAUCUCCCCCUGUGCCGCCCGGGUCUUAUAUGCCACCAUCUCAGUCUUACAUGCCCCCACCUCAGCCGCCACCCUCUUACUACCCCCCGUCCUCAUCUCAGCCCUACCUGCCUCCUGCUCAGCCGUCCCCUUCGCAGUCCCCACCUUCCCAGUCCUACCUGGCGCCCACCGCUUCUUACUCAUCCUCCUCCUCUUCCUCGCAAUCCUAUUUGAGCCAUUCUCAGUCCUACUUGCCCUCUUCUCAGGCAUCUCCUUCCCGCCCCUCCCAGGGCCAUUCUAAAUCCCAACUACUAGCUCCACCACCACCGUCCGCCCCCUCUGGAAAUAAGACAACUGUCCAGCAAGAGCCUUUGGAGAGUGGGGCCAAAAACAAGAAUGCUGAACAGCAGCAAGCCGCCCCUGAGCCAGAUCCCUCUACGAUGACUCCACAGGAACAGCAGCAGUAUUGGUAUCGACAGCACUUGCUCAGUUUGCAACAGAGGACAAAAGUUCAUUUGCCAGGACACAAAAAGGGUCCUGUGGUAGCAAAGGAUACACCAGAGCCGGUAAAAGAAGAAAUUACAGUACCUGCCACCAGUCAAGUUCUGGAAUCUCCUUCUUCUGAGGAGCCUCCAUUGCCACCUCCAAAUGAGGAAGUGCCACCUCCUCUCCCACCUGAGGAACCCCAGUCUGAGGACCCAGAAGAAGAUGCCAGGUUAAAGCAGUUGCAGGCUGCAGCAGCACACUGGCAGCAGCACCAGCAACAUCGAGUUGGUUUCCAGUAUCAGGGAAUAAUGCAGAAGCACACUCAGUUACAGCAGAUUCUGCAACAGUACCAGCAGAUUAUACAGCCCCCACCGCAUAUACAGACCAUGUCUGUAGAUAUGCAGCUGCGGCAUUAUGAGAUGCAGCAGCAACAGUUUCAACAUCUUUACCAAGAAUGGGAGCGAGAGUUUCAGCUAUGGGAGGAACAACUCCAUUCCUAUCCUCAUAAAGAUCAGCUUCAGGAGUAUGAGAAGCAGUGGAAAACAUGGCAGGGACAUAUGAAAGCCACUCAGAGUUAUCUCCAGGAGAAAGUCAAUUCAUUUCAGAACAUGAAGAACCAGUAUAUUGGGAACAUGUCAAUGCCACCUCCUUUUGUUCCAUAUUCUCAGAUGCCUCCACCUCUACCUACAAUGCCCCCUCCAGUAUUGCCUCCUUCAUUGCCACCACCAGUGAUGCCCCCUGCCCUCCCUGCUACAGUGCCACCACCUGGCAUGCCCCCACCUGUUAUGCCACCUUCUCUACCAACCUCUGUUCCCCCACCAGGGAUGCCUCCUUCUCUCUCUUCUGCAGGGCCACCUCCAGUUCUCCCCCCACCUUCCCUCUCUUCUGCAGGGCCACCACCAGUUCUUCCCCCACCAUCUCUCUCUUCAACAGCACCUCCACCUGUCAUGCCCCUCCCAUCAUUGUCUUCAGCUACACCUCCUCCAGGAAUACCUCCCCCUGGAGUUCCACAAGGGAUACCUCCUCAGUUAACAGCAGCCCCAGUUCCACCAGCCUCCAGUUCACAGAGCUCACAGGUUCCAGAGAAACCUAGACCAGCACUGCUUCCUACUCCUGUCUCUUUUGGUUCUGCCCCACCCACAACUUACCAUCCUCCAUUGCAAUCAGCUGGUCCAUCAGAACAAGUGAAUUCAAAAGCUCCUUUGAGCAAGUCUGCUCUGCCAUACAGUUCAUUCUCAUCUGAUCAAGGACUUGGGGAGUCUUCUGCUGCUCCAUCUCAGCCAAUCACUGCAGUGAAGGACAUGCCAGUGAGAUCAGGUGGCCUGCUUCCAGAUCCUCCCAGAAGUAGUUACUUGGAAAGUCCAAGAGGCCCAAGAUUUGAUGGUCCUCGAAGAUUUGAGGAUUUAGGGUCAAGGUGUGAAGGACCGAGACCCAAAGGGCCUCGUUUUGAAGGAAAUCGCCCCGAUGGGCCAAGACCCAGAUAUGAAGGUCACCCAGCAGAGGGCACUAAAAGCAAAUGGGGAAUGAUUCCCCGGGGGCCAGCAUCUCAAUUUUAUAUUACCCCCAGUACAUCCCUAAGUCCUCGACAGAGUGGACCACAAUGGAAAGGCCCCAAACCAACUUUUGGACAGCAACAUCAGCAGCAACCUAAGUCACAAGCAGAACCUCUUUCAGGAAACAAAGAACCAUUAGCAGACACCAGUAGUAACCAGCAGAAGAAUUUUAAAAUGCAAUCAGCUGCAUUUUCCAUUGCUGCAGAUGUAAAGGAUGUCAAGGCGGCUCAGUCAAAUGAGAAUCUAAGCGACUCUCAACAGGAGCCACCUAAAAGCGAAGUCUCGGAAGGGCCCGUAGAGCCUUCUAAUUGGGACCAGAAUGCUCAAAAUAUGGAGACUCAAAUCGACAAAGCCCAAGCUGUUACUCAGCCUGUACCCCUUGCAAAUAAGCCUGUACCUGCUCAAUCUGCUUUUCCUUCAAAAACAGGGGGGAUGGAGGGAGCAGCAGCAGUAGCAACAUCAUCAUUAACAGCAGAUAAUGAUUUUAAACCUAUGGGUAUUGGUCUACCCCAUUCAGAAAACAACCAAGAUAAAGGCCUGCCUCGGCCAGAUAAUAGAGAUAAUAGAUUAGAAGGCAAUAGAGGCAGUAGCUCAUCUUACAGAGGUCCUGGGCAAAGCAGAAUGGAAGACACACGGGAUAAAGGUCUAGUAAACAGAGGUCGCGGCCAGGCAAUCAGUCGAGGCCCAGGAUUGGUCAAGCAAGAAGACUUUCGGGAUAAGAUGAUGGGUAGAAGAGAAGACAGUAGAGAGAAGAUGAACAGAGGAGAAGGUAGCCGGGACAGAGGGUUGGUGAGGCCUGGAAGCAGUCGGGAGAAAGUGCCAGGUGGUCUGCAAGGGAACCAGGACAGGGGUGGAGCUGGCAGCCGAGAAAGGGGACCACCUCGGAGGGCUGGCAGUCAGGAGAGAGGACCUCUUCGAAGGGCUGGGAGUAGAGAGAGAGUACCACCCCGAAGAGCUGGGAGCAGGGAGAGAGGACCACCUCGAGGGCCUGGCAGUCGAGAAAGGGGACUGGGAAGAUCAGAGUUUGGUCGUGAUAGAGGUCCAUUCAGACCAGAACCAGGAGAUGGUGGGGAAAAAAUGUAUCCAUAUCACCGAGAUGAGCCUCCUAGGGCUCCAUGGAACCAUGGAGAAGAGCGAGGGCAUGAAGAGUUUCCAUUAGAUGGUAGAAAUGCUCCAAUGGAACGAGAAAGACUCGAUGACUGGGAUAGAGAGAGAUAUUGGAGAGAAUGUGAACGUGACUAUCAAGAUGAUACACUAGAGCUCUAUAACAGAGAGGACAGGUUCUCAGCACCACCAUCUCGGUCUCAUGAUGGAGAUAGGCGAGGCCCUUGGUGGGAUGAUUGGGAGAGAGACCAGGAUAUGGAUGAGGACUACAAUAGGGAAAUGGACAGGGACAUGGACAGGGAUGUGGAUCGGAUUGGAAGACCCAUGGAUAUGUAUGAUAGAAAUUUGGAUAAUGAGUGGGACAGAGAUUAUGGGAGACCACUGGAUGAACAAGAAUCACAGUUUCGUGAACGGGAUAUUCCGUCUCUUCCACCUUUACCGCCCCUCCCACCUCUUCCACCUUUGGAUAGAUAUCGGGAUGAUAGAUGGAGAGAAGAAAGAAAUCGAGACCAUGGGUAUGAUCGAGAUUUCCGUGAUAGGGGUGAGUUGAGGAUUCGAGAGUAUCCAGAAAGAGGAGAUACAUGGCGGGAAAAGCGAGAUUAUGUUCCUGACAGAAUGGACUGGGAAAGAGAACGAUUGUCAGACAGAUGGUACCCAUCUGAUGUGGAUAGACAUUCCCCCAUGGCGGAACAUAUGUCCUCCUCACAUCAUUCCUCAGAAAUGAUGGGGUCCGAUGCAAGCUUAGACUCUGACCAAGGCCUUGGAGGGGUAAUGGUUCUCAGUCAGAGGCAGCAUGAAAUCAUUUUGAAAGCUGCACAAGAACUGAAAAUGCUUCGAACUAGGAAAGAAAAAUAUGGUGAAGAAAAGGUAAUGAUGAAAAACCAGCCUCCAGGAUCCUAUAGACCUCCCCCUCCUAUGGGCAAACCACCAGGUUCAAUUGUAAGACCCUCUGCUCCACCAGCAAGAUCAUCUGUUCCUGUGACCAGGCCGCCUGUCCCAAUACCACCACCUCCACCUCCUCCCCCUCUGCCUCCUCCUCCUCCAGUGAUAAAGCCACAAACAUCAGCUGUAGAACAGGAACGAUGGGAUGAAGAUUCUUUCUACGGGCUCUGGGAUACAAAUGAUGAACAAGGACUGAAUUCAGAAUUUAAGUCAGAAACUGCAGCAAUUCCAUCUGCUCCAGUAUUACCACCCCCACCUGUUCACUCUUCCAUUCCCCCUCCUGGCCCAGUGCCUAUGGGUAUGCCACCAAUGUCCAAGCCACCACCAGUGCAACAGACUGUUGAUUAUGGCCAUGGCCGAGAUAUAUCCACUAAUAAAGUUGAACAGAUACCUUAUGGAGAAAGAAUAACUCUGCGCCCAGAUCCACUACCUGAAAGGUCAACUUUUGAGACAGAGCAUGCAGGCCAACGUGAUCGUUAUGAUAGAGAAAGAGAUCGUGAGCCUUAUUUUGAUCGUCAAAGUAAUGUCAUAACAGAUCAUCGAGAUUUUAAAAGGGAUCGUGAGACACAUAGAGAUCGAGACCGGGAUCGUGGUGUUAUUGACUAUGACCGGGAUCGAUUUGACAGAGAACGCCGACCCCGAGAUGAUAGAGCUCAGUCAUAUCGAGACAAAAAAGACCAUUCCUCUUCCAGAAGAGGGGGUUUUGAUAGACCAUCCUAUGACCGGAAAUCUGACCGACCAGUCUAUGAAGGACCAUCCAUGUUUGGAGGAGAACGUAGGACUUAUCCUGAGGAGCGAAUGCCUCUGCCAGCUCCUUCACUGAGCCACCAGCCACCUCCAGCUCCACGGGUCGAGAAGAAGCCUGAAUCAAAGAAUGUGGAUGAUAUUUUGAAACCACCGGGCCGGGAGAGCAGACCUGAGAGAAUUGUUGUUAUAAUGAGAGGAUUACCUGGCAGUGGAAAGACACAUGUUGCAAAACUUAUUCGAGAUAAAGAGGUAGAAUUUGGAGGACCUGCACCCAGAGUUCUAAGCCUGGAUGAUUACUUCAUCACUGAAGUGGAAAAAGAAGAAAAAGAUCCAGAUUCUGGAAAGAAAGUGAAAAAGAAGGUAAUGGAAUAUGAAUAUGAAGCUGAGAUGGAGGAGACUUACCGCACCAGCAUGUUCAAAACUUUCAAAAAGACUCUGGAUGAUGGCUUUUUUCCUUUUAUCAUCCUGGAUGCCAUCAAUGACAGAGUUAGGCACUUUGACCAGUUUUGGAGUGCAGCAAAAACCAAGGGAUUUGAGGUAUAUUUGGCUGAAAUGAGUGCAGAUAACCAGACUUGUGGCAAGAGAAAUAUUCAUGGAAGAAAGCUUAAAGAAAUAAAUAAGAUGGCUGAUCACUGGGAAACUGCACCUCGUCACAUGAUGCGUCUAGAUAUUCGUUCUUUGCUGCAAGAUGCUGCUAUUGAAGAGGUAGAGAUGGAAGAUUUUGAUGCAAAUAUCGAAGAACAGAAAGAAGAAAAGAAAGAUGCAGAGGAAGAGGAAAGCGAACUGGGUUACAUUCCGAAAAGCAAAUGGGAGAUGGACACAUCUGAGGCAAAGCUAGACAAGUUGGAUGGCUUGAGGACUGGUACUAAAAGGAAACGUGACUGGGAGGCCAUUGCCAGCAGAAUGGAGGAUUAUCUUCAGCUCCCCGAUGAUUAUGAUACUCGUGCUUCUGAGCCUGGGAAGAAGAGGGUCAGAUGGGCAGACCUGGAAGAGAAGAAGGAUGCAGAUAGGAAAAGGGCCAUAGGUUUUGUGGUCGGACAGACUGAUUGGGAGAAGAUCACAGAUGAAAGUGGUCACCUGGCUGAAAAAGCCCUCAAUCGAACCAAAUAUAUAUGAGACUUAGUUUUUGAACGGAGUCAUUAUUCCUCUAAGGUGGUUCGCUUUGAGGUGAUCUGAAGCCAAGGCCUCACGGAGCUUCUUUGUGUGUCACCUUGCUUCCACGUUUCAGUUAUUGUUUUGUUUCUACUGCUUUAGUUUUUUUAAAGUUCUCCAGUGUCCCCAAGAGGUAUUAGAAUCUUGCUGUACCCAAGCAAGACGUUAAUUUUUCUUUUAACUGUUUUGGGGAGGGAGGGAGUGAUAGCUUAACUGCUGAAGCCAGGUGGGGGUCCGCUGGAGGAUUCCAACAGAGAAUAUUUCCUCCACUGUACAAUGUCACAGACUAUCUCUAUCAUCAUUGCUUUGUGGCUGUUUCUGUUUUUUACUGUAUGUAACUGGUAGCUGAUUGUACUAGGAUUAAAAACAAUAAACUUUCAUGAUAAAGCCAAUGAGAUUCAUGGGCUAUACAGCA